AAGUAUUCUGAGUUAAUCUCAAUAUUACUUAUUGCUGAGCAGAAUAAUGAGCUCUUAAUGAAAAAUCAUAACAUGAGGCCCACCGGUUGUACCCCUACAAAUUUUGGUCAUCCUGAUCGUGGUUCAGCACCAGAAUCAAAUGUUAUUCAAGGUGGUGCACGCGGACACUUUAAACGUGGACGCGGAAAUAACCGCAACAAAGGGCCAAAUAGGGGAUAUAAACAUUCAAAUGAAUCAUCCUCCAAGGGAAAAGGAAAAUUCAAACCACCACAUGUUAAAACUCAUGAAAAGCCAAAACCAAGUGGUGAAUGCUACAAAUGUGGCAUAAAAGGACAUUGGGCGAAUGAAUGUCGAACGGCAAAACACUUGGUAAAAUUAUACCAAGCUUCCACAAAAGGAAAAGGAAAAAAUGUGGAGGCUAAUUAUGCUGAUGAUAUCAAUCCAAUUUUGCCUAAAUUUGACGUGUCCGAUUUCUACAUGGAUGAUGCUGAAAUUGGUGAUGAAGUGGCCUUUGGUGGAACUACUAAUGUUUAAAUAUUUUAAUUUACGCUGUUAUGGUGUGUUUACUUUUAAAAUAAAUGUUUAAAAUCUGU